GUGAGGCCAUGCACAGGCUCUCCUGCGUUUACUGGGGAGAAAACUCGAGCGAACUGUCCGUUCACGAGCGUCCAAAAAACAACAACAAACCGCUCACUUUUAAAAGAAAUUAUCCCGGACCUGCGCGGUCAGGAAACCGGGGUGGAGGGGGAGCGGGAGCAUCAUCAGACAGUGCCGCAGAUUUGGGCAGGCCGGGAGUGGGCGCCUUUUUGCUGACGGCGACGGCCGGGCGCGCGGCGUUCGGAGGACAGAGCAUUCGUGUGAUUGUGUCCUCGCCAUGGCGUCGGUGGCGCUGAGCGAGGCGGAGAAAGUGUACGUCAUGCACGGCGUCCAGGAGGAUCUCCGAGUGGAUGGCCGUGGUUGUGAAGAUUACAGAUGUACUGAAGUGGAAACAGAUGUGGUAUCUAAUACAAGUGGGUCUGCCAGAGUAAAACUUGGGCACACAGACAUCCUGGUUGGAGUCAAGGCAGAAAUGGGAGCACCGAAGCUGGAUAGACCAAAUGAAGGAUACUUGGAAUUCUUUGUUGAUUGCUCAGCCAAUGCCACUCCCGAAUUUGAAGGCCGCGGCGGAGAGGAGCUUGGCACUGAAAUAGCAAAUACCCUCUACAGAAUUUUUAACAACGAGAGCAGCGUUGAUUUGAAGUUGCUUUGCAUUGCUCCCCGAGAGCAUUGCUGGGUGCUUUACGUCGAUGUCCUGUUACUGGAGUGUGGUGGAAACCUGUUUGAUGCCAUCUCUGUUGCAGUGAAGGCAGCACUGUUUAAUACCAGAAUACCCAAAGUACGUGUUUUGGAGGAUGAAGGUGGACGGGAAAUUGAACUUUCUGAUGAUCCUUUUGACUGUAUUCGACUUAAUGUAGAUAAUGUACCUUGUAUUGUCACACUAAGCAAAAUCGGCUAUAGGCAUGUAGUGGAUGCCACACUUCAGGAGGAAGCAUGUUCUCUGGCUAGCCUCCUCAUUUCUGUGACCAGUCAAGGUGUCCUAACCUGUAUGAAGAAGGUGGGAAGGGGGAGCCUUGAUCCAGAAAGCAUAUUUGAGAUGAUGGAGACUGGAAAGAGGGUGGGCAAGUUGCUGCACACCUCUUUGCAAUCUGCCUUGGAUAAAGAAGAAAGUCUUGGGCCAACACGGAAAAAAGUUGGAUUCCUGGGAUGAGCCUCAUUGCUACAUUGAACAUCUGUCAAGGACUGGGCUGGUUUGUUUGUUAGCUAGUUGUUCAAUUUUUUUUAUAUAUACAAAGUUGGCUAUAUAUUUGUUAAAUAAAGUUGGUUUUCUCUCACACACUUGUCACUUCAGCUCUUUUUUCAAUGGGCGUUGGUGGCAAAAUUAAAAGAUUUGAUCAAGGGCUGAGUGAUAUGUCGCUAUAUCGCCCAAACCAGUUUGAAGUCCACAUCGUGAUACCAGUUUCAUAAUUUUUGACCUGGCAAUAUAUCGUGAAUCAUGGUGGGUGGGUGGGUGUUAUGCAAAAAUCGCAAUGUGGGGGGGAAAUGUGAAGCUAGCCAGUGCUUCUCUCACUUCCUGCAGCCCCGUUAACUCUGCCAGCUCGACUCUCUUCUGCCUCAUGCAGGGGGCAGUGAAUCACAAAAGCAGGCACCGGCAAAAAUCACGAUGCCGGAAAAACUGUGAAGCCAGCCAGUGCCUCUACAUAGCUCCACCCUUAUUUCGGAUAUUGUGAUACGUUGGCGUUUUGCAAUGAUUAUCUGGUGCUGAAAACCAGAUAUUGCCCAGCCCUAAUCUACACCUUGAUAGAAAUGUAAAAGCAAGCAAUGGAUUGUAAAAUGGUUGUAUUCACUUUCCCUAGGGGUGAGAGGUUGCUUUCGCUUCUCCCAGGGCCAAAUGCUGGCAGCGGGAAGGACCAGAAACAAAAGGGGGCAAAGCAACUACAGUGGUACCUCGCUAGACGAACGCCUCGCGGCACGAAAAAAUCAAGACGAAAACGUUUUGCGAUAUAUUUUUUUGGCAGACUCGCAAGACGAAGUUUUCUAUGGCCGUGCCAUAGAAAACUUCACAAGAUGAAGCAGGGCGCCGCAAGGAGGUGACUUUAAUCCACCGAAACGGUCGCCAGCAGCCGGAUCCCCCUCACUCUCACCUUAAGCCACCUGCGCGCAAACGGGUGAGCUGUCUGGUUGGGCGCGAGGGUCCGGCUGCUGGGGAAGGAGGGAGGGAGCCUCUCCCUGGCCCUCCUCCUGCUUCCUCCUCCCCUUAAAAUAUGACAAACAUCCAGCCGUGGCGGGUGAGUCGGCGCCCUUUUUGUGCUUCCCCCCCCCAAUAGGAACGCAUGAAUUAAAUUUCAAUGCAUCCCUAUGGGAAACCACGCUUCGCAAGACGAAAUUAUUGCAACAUGAAACGACUUGUGGAGCUCUUGCGAGGUACCACUGUAAUGCUUCUUCACGCAUUUAGAUGUCCUUUGCUUCCACCCAGGAAAGUAAACAGCAAUUUCAGAGUUCAAGGGCCCAUUCUAGCCUGGCCUAAACACUUAGCAGGCCAAUGAGAGUGUGACCUGGGUAGAGUCGUGUGGGCUAGAUAGAAAUUUGACCUUCAAGCCUGAGGUUCUCCAUCUCUGCCUUACCCCAUCCAUCUUGGUCGGGGUGGGAAACCUUUACAGCAGUGCUUCCCAAGCUCUUGACAACCAGGCUAAGCCUUUGAUCUCAGCCCCAUCUUUACCAGCCUCUCAGUUAACUGACCACAAGUGUAGGGCAGGUCGGCAUGGCUUGCCCAAAUUGUGGAGAGGGCAAAUGGGGGAGGUCUCUCAGGCCAGAAUUUCCCCGCCUCUGAUCGAGGGGCACUCAAGAUGCCGAAACUGAUUAUCUGCAUGGUUCUUAGCUCACUACAAAUGAUGAAGUCGGUGCUGUCGUGGUUAUUGCGGCAUAAGAUGUACCAGGCUAGAUAUUGAUGCAGAUACUGAUGCAGGAAGAUGAAAAGAGGAAGCAGUCUUGACCAAGGGAGAUUGGCAAACCAAGUUAAUGACUAUGCCGAAAUGGCAAAACUAACUGGAAAGCUCAGAAAUCAAGAUGAUAAGAAAUUUUUAAAAGAAUGGGGAAAAUUUGCCAAAGUAUUGUAAACAGGUUAAUACAUUGUCAGGAUUUUAAGAACACUUGUAAUUUUAGAAUUCAUAUAGGAAAUCUGAGAGAGAAAAUAAUUUGGAGUAGAAAUGACAUUCAGUUGAAAAGGCAAUUUAAGGAACCGGGGUGGGUGGGGUCACAGGAUUCAGAGAAUCCUCUUUUAUGGAUUUGAUGUUGUUGUGUAUAAUUUUCUUUGUUUGUGGUGGUGGUUGUUUUUUAUUUUUGUUGAAAAUUUAAUAAAAAUAU